AUGGCGACUCCUGGGGAUGGCGAGGACGCGCCGCCGCCGCCGCCGGUGAGCGCGGCGGGGGCUGGAGGCAGCUUGAUCGCGAAGCUGCGGGAGCAAUGGAGGAGCACGAAAGAGCACGCGGAGACGUACCCGUACGUGUGGGGCUCCUACAUCCUCGUCUACGGCGGGCUCGGCGCGUACAUCACCUGGCGAUGGUGCAAGCUCCGCCGCACCGAGGACCGCGUCCGCGCCCUCCAGGCCCGCCUCCGCCAGCUCGCCGCCGCCGAGGAGUCGCAGGGCGCUUCCGCUGCUACCCCACCUCCUCCCCUGCAGCAGCCCCCGCCGCCGACGACGACUGGGCCGGGCAAGCCCCCCUCCCCGCCGUGA